AUGGCAAACCCAUUCACCCUUCUGCUCACCUUGCUGGGUGUGCAUCUUGUGGCCACAACUUUCAAAAUCUGUGCUUUCAACAUACGCAGUUUUGGGAGAGCCAAGGCGACCAACCAGAAAGUCAUGGGAGCUCUUGUCCAGAUCCUUUCUCGGUGUGAUAUCAGUGCCAUUCAAGAAGUGCGCGACUCCAGAGGUAUAGCUAUUCAGAUGCUGCUGAGGGAGCUGAACAGGUAUGAUCGUUCUCAUCGCUAUAGCCGCCUGGAGAGCAAGAGGCUUGGCCGAGGCAGCUACAAGGAACAGAACGUCUUUGUGUAUCGGAUGGAUGUUGUAUCUGUUACUGACUGGCGGCAAUUUGAGGAUGGGAAGAUGGGAAACUCUGAUGCCUUUGUUAGGGGGCCAUUUGCAGCUCGCUUCCACUCUUCAUUGACAGCCAUCCUGGAUUUUGUGCUCAUAGUACAUCAUGCUAGUCCUCGUGAAGCUGCCCGUGAGCUGAACCUGCUGUUUGAUAUGUGCGAGGAAUUGAUGGAGCAGUGGAAAACUGAGAUACUAACCAUACUUUCUCAAUUGGCUCCUGACACGACAAAAAAAAAAUCACUUUCCCCACUUGCGCCUGGGCAGAAUGUGAUGGUGCUGGGAGACCUAAAUGCUGCUGGUGCCUACAUCCCAGCAAAUGCUUGGGCCGGGAUCCGCCUGCGGCAUGACCUUGGCUUUCACUGGCUCAUCAGCGACAUGGAGGACACCACAGUGAGCCACCGGACCUGCUGUGCCUAUGACAGGAUCAUAGUCCAUGGAGAAGAGCUGCUUGGUGCUGUUGUGCCCAGAUCAGCCAAAGCUUUCAAUUUUACACAAGCACUUGGACUAUCCGAAGAAGAGGCUCUAGGAAUCAGUGACCAUUAUCCUGUGGAGGUGAACCUGCGGCUUGCACCUAAAGCCCAGCGAGAGCUCUGAAUAUUCAGCUUCCCACCUGUUCCUCAAGAUCUCACAGGCAAAACAAAGGGACUGGGGCAUUACCCAAGGUUAUCCCCGUUUUUCCAAAUGUCAUGGAGAGUGAACAACUUUGGGACAGAUUUCUUGCUUGGCCCCUAAACGUAAAAGGUAAAGAUGUAUUGUCGAAGGCUUUCAUGGCCGGAAUCACUGGGUUGUUGUAGGUUUUUUCGGGCUAUAUGGCCAUGGUCUAUAGGCAUUCUCUCCUGACGUUUCGCCUGCAUCUAUGGCAAGCAUCCUCAGAGGUAGUGAGGUCUGUUGGAACUAGG